AUGUUUAUAAAAAUUAUUUAAACUCACCUCUAAAAUGGAAUCAUUAAAAACCUUAUUUUUAUAUUGUUGUGUGGCUGUUCUGAGAUUAUUAUUAAAUAAGAAUAUGAUAAAUAAUCAAUAAUUGAUUAUUUGAAACUAUUAUAAGUGAAAAAACAUUAAGAGGGAUUCUUCAUUUGAUGAUUCAGAACCAUCAAUAGUAGACAAAUAUUGUGCUGUCUUCGUUUUAAAACAAAUCCAAGGCAAUUUUUAAAUAGAUAAAGAAUCAGCCUUAAGUUUUGUUCGAUAACUUAUUUAAGAUGAUGGAAAUUUAUGCGCUCCGCUAUAAGUUCUAAUGAUACAAAUUUAAGAAUGUUUUAUAGUACAUUAGGAUAUUUAGAUCUGUUAGAGAUAGAUAGUAGUGAAUUCUAAUAUACUAUUGGAAAAUUUAUGCUAAAAUGUUAAAAUUAGGAUGGAGGUUUCUUACCAUCUUUAGAAUCUCAUCUAUUUGUGCAGUAGCUGGUUUAAAUAUUUUAAAAUUGGAUGUAUAGUUAGAAAUAUAUAAAUAAAAUAAUUCUACCAUUAGAAAAUAGUUUAAUAGAAUGGUUAGUAUUAAGAUGAUGUAAAAUUAACAGGUGGAAUUGAUGGGAGAAUUAAUAAAUUACCUAAUUCCUGUUAUUCUUUUUGA